ACGCCCCCUGUGUCUUUCACAAGUUCAGCUAUUCCUUUAAAUAUUAAGCAUGACCGGAUUUACGUUAUGUGGACCAGAGCUCCUUCAGUGAACUCCAGUUCUAACGAGAAAGAGAGGAGAACACGCCUGACUCCCUUUGGCAGCAGCCUAUAUCGGGGGCGUGGGGCUUGUUGCGCACUUGUUAUUUCCUUGUCCUGGGACGUUACUUUGCGACGUGAUCCGCUGUCAUCAGUGUCCAAUCUCCAGGCUGGCGGUCUACAUUUCCUAACAGCACAUGUCCACAGCCAAAUGCAUUCGUAGCCCAAAUACUUCACAGCUGUCAAGGACGUGGAAGACCCGAUAUGCUCCGUUACUAAGACGAAAGUCCUUAACAGACUAUUUAUUUAGGAUCAUCAACACUCACUCAGCGCGAGCUUGUGACGGAGAGCGCGUGCUGCUCCGGUGCCCGCGCCACUCCACGAUCUCCGUCGGGUCCGCGUUCUAUGGGCAGAGGGAGGCGCGCGGCGACCCCGAGACAGCCUCGUGCCAGCGGCACGCUGCCAGCUGCUCCGCGUCCACUGCGUUGCAGAAGAUGUUGUUAGAAUGCCAAGGCCACAGAUACUGCCAGAUUCUGGUUCAUCCUCAUUUGUUUGGCCGAGACCCUUGCCCUGGAACUCCCAAACACCUUCAUGUCUCUUACAGCUGUAAGCCCACAGAGCAUAAAAACAGGACGAGAUGUGAGGGAGAUCAGAUGCUCCUUCACUGCAGGUAUCCGAGAGUGCUGAACGUCUAUUCUGCUGUGUACGGACGAGAGCAGGGAAACAGGGAGGUGUGUCUCAAAGAGGAGGAACAGACCCCACCCUUUGAAUGUUUAUGUCACGGGGCCUUAGAUGUGGUGAGACGUGCAUGUUACGGGAAGCAGCGCUGCCUGCUUCACAUCGAUGAUGAGCAUUUCCGAAACCCCUGCUUCCCUGGAACCAGGAAGUACCUCACUGUGCUCUACUCAUGCAUUCCACAGAGUUUACUCAAAGAGGCUGACCCAAACUAUUUCAGAACUACCUCGCUACCCAGUGAGACCACAAAGCCAGGAGAUCCCAGUUUGCCCAAACAGAAUGGAAUAAGGCCUAUUGUGAGCAGCUCGCUUAUGACAUAUGGCUACAUUACAGAGCACGUGGAGAUGGCUGGCCUGCUCUUUGUCUCGAGUGUGUGUCUGGGGCUGUUCGUGGUCCUGCUGGUCGUCUCCGUGCGGAUAACCUGUAACAGGCAUCGCGAAGGAGCAAGCUGUUCGGAUGAGAAGAGAGGCCUCCAGGAACCAAAUACCGAAGAUGACGACGGUGAUAACGGCGAGGAAGAGGAGGGUUCAGAAGCGCUGACGGACAGCUCCACGGCAGACCUGGGCAGGAAGGUGUAUUGUUGGGAAGAGGUGACGUACACCACCGAGGCGGCUGAGCUGAUGGAGAGACUAGAACGUCGCGACAUGAUCAUUCAGGAGAUUGGCAUGAACGCGUACAUCAACGGAAUGUCCUGCACCCUCCACUGCCCCAAACACAUGCAGUAAUUUAAUAGUCUAGCUGUUUUGUUCCUACAGAUGAAUACAUGUAUGUGUGUCGACACUUUAGUGGUCAAAGCAUUUAGAAGGAUAAAGGACUCCUCAGGUGACCUGAUCACUGUGUGGUCAGUAGACAAAAACUUGUGCACUUUACACAUUAGCAUAAUGCAUUUCCUACACUUGUUGUUAAAAUGUUAUUUCAUACCAAAUAAAAUCCAUUUAAAGUGUUGAAA